AGCGGGAGGAGCCGGAGUUGCUGCCAGUCCUCCCGGGGCUCCGCUCCUUCUGCCGCUGCCGCCGCUCGGAGCAGCCGCGCGCCGGGAGCCGCGGGCCGGGCCAGCCGGACCGCCGGGGCCCAGUGCGCCGCGCUCGCAACGGAUAGCUGUCCCCGGCGUAGUUCGCGCUCGCUCCGCAGCCGCGGGGCUCCUAAGCCGGAUCCGAGAGGGAGCGAGGGCGGCGCCCCGGUGCCCGGUGCCCGCCGCCCAGAGGCAGGAUGAGCAUCGAGAUCCCAGCUGGGCUGACAGAGCUGCUGCAGGGCUUCACAGUGGAGGUGCUGAGGCACCAGCCUGCGGACCUGCUGGAGUUCGCGCUGCAGCACUUCACGCGCCUGCAGCAGGAGAACGAGCGCAAAGGGGGCGCGCGCUUCGGCCAUGAGGGCAGGACCUGGGGGGACGCGGGCGCGGCUGCCGGGGGCGGCACCCCCAGCAAGGGGGUCAACUUCGCCGAGGAGCCUAUGCACACCGACUCCGAGAACGGCGAGGAGGAGGAGGAGGAGGAGGAGGCCGCAGACGCAGGGGCGUUCAAUGCUCCAGUAAUAAACCGAUUCACAAGGCGCGCCUCAGUAUGUGCAGAGGCUUAUAAUCCUGAUGAAGAAGAAGAUGAUGCAGAAUCCAGGAUUAUACAUCCAAAAACUGAUGAUCAAAGGAAUCGAUUACAAGAGGCUUGCAAAGACAUUCUGCUCUUUAAGAACCUGGACCCGGAGCAGAUGUCCCAAGUGUUAGAUGCCAUGUUUGAAAAAUUGGUCAAAGAAGGGGAGCAUGUUAUUGAUCAAGGAGAUGAUGGAGACAACUUCUAUGUAAUUGAUAGAGGAACAUUUGAUAUUUACGUAAAAUGUGAUGGUGUUGGAAGAUGUGUGGGUAACUAUGAUAAUCGUGGUAGUUUUGGUGAGCUGGCCUUAAUGUACAAUACACCCAGAGCAGCUACAAUCACUGCUACCUCUCCUGGUGCUCUGUGGGGUUUGGACAGGGUAACCUUCAGGAGAAUAAUUGUAAAAAAUAAUGCCAAAAAGAGAAAAAUGUAUGAAAGCUUUAUUGAGUCACUGCCAUUCCUUAAGUCUUUGGAGGUUUCUGAACGUCUGAAAGUGGUAGAUGUGAUAGGCACCAAAGUAUACAAUGAUGGAGAACAAAUCAUUGCUCAGGGAGAUUUGGCUGAUUCUUUUUUCAUUGUAGAAUCUGGAGAGGUGAAAAUCACUAUGAAGAGGAAGGGGAAAUCUGAAGUGGAAGAGAAUGGUGCAGUAGAAAUUGCCCGGUGUUCUCGUGGUCAGUACUUUGGAGAACUAGCUCUGGUAACUAAUAAACCUCGAGCAGCAUCUGCACAUGCCAUUGGGACUGUCAAAUGCUUAGCCAUGGAUGUGCAAGCAUUUGAAAGGCUUUUGGGACCUUGCAUGGAAAUUAUGAAAAGGAACAUCACUACCUAUGAAGAACAAUUAGUUGCCCUGUUUGGAACGAACAUGGAUAUUGUUGAACCCACUGCAUGAAGUAAAAGUAUGGAGCAAGAAAACCUAUAGUGACAAAAUUACACACUAGUGGUUAGUCCACUGAGAAUGUGUUUGUGUAGAUGCCAAGCAUUUUCUGUGAUUUCAGAUUUUUUCCUUUUUUAUUUACAUUUACAAUGUAUCAGUAAACAGAGUAGUGGUUUAAUAGACAAUAGGCUUUAAUCACUUACUAAAGAAUAGAUCUUAAAAAUAUCAUCUUACUGAUAAAAUUGGCUUUCAACUCCACAAACCUAGGAUUUGACUGCAAUAUUUAUUCAGAUGAUUGUCUAUGUUGAAAAGUAUCUGUGUUUAAGAAGAAAAUGAGAGGAUGCUAUCAUAGGUGAUAUAUGUUCAUUUUGACUUACUCAGAUUGCUAUGUUAGUAACUGUGCCCAUGUAAGAGGGAACUUAACAGCAAAUCAUGCUUUAUAGCAUGGCAUCACAUUCUUUCUACAACUCAUUAUAUAUAGUAAGUACAAUUUUGGUCAUGUUUGUUUUAAAGUUUUUCUGGCUUGAUAAGUUACAUGCUGGCCUUGGCCUAUAUUGGUAAAGUGGUAAAACAUCAUAUGCAAUUUUUUUUAUAUUUUUGCAAUAAAAUACCUUUUGACUUUUUGGCACUGUAUUAGUAACCUACAUAUUUUAGUGGUUUUAAAGACAGGCAGCUUAAUGAUACUGAUAGCAGGGGAGAGUCUUUUUUAGAUGAGAGAUUACUAACAUGUUGUAAACAUCUCUGCUUCCUUUUUUCAUUUUUCAGUUCUCUGUAUUGAUCUUUAAAAUUUUGAGUUUGAUAUUUAAUGUCAUGAAAUUUUUAAAUCUAUUUAAACUUAUCUUCUAAAAGCCUAAAAUUUAAUAUAUAAUAACAAACCAUCUUCUACUAGGGGACCCAUAUUAACAUACCCAUGUGUAUUUCUUUGUUCUUUACAAGGACUACAUAAUCUUACACAUUUUAAUAAAAUCCAAUGUCAUCUGUUUCAUACCUUUUGCUUCAGAGACCUCUGCUGUAUGGGUUGCCUUCAAGGUAACAGAAGUAAAUUUUUAUGAAUGGAAUCAUAUGUAAAUUAAAGAAGAAUUUCUGCUCACUCUAGAUGUACAAUCAUAUGGUCUUACCAUUUGAUCUAAUUUAAUUCACAGUUAAAAGAACAGAGUGAACUCAAAACACGUUUUAUUAAUAAUUUAUAGUCAUCAAAGAGAAAGUGUAUUCUUACAUAAUUUUAGACCUACAUGACACCAGUGACUAGAUUAAUUAUAUUAAGUUUCUUACUCAAAAUGAGCAAUGUCAUUUUGAAAAACAUGCUUCAAAGAAAAAUAUACACUGGUAAAAUUAUUCUGUGGCUUGUGUGGUCUUAUUAGGGAAUGUUUAUGGUCUUGUAUAAUUAAAAUGUGGUGAGGUAUGUUAAUCGGAUAAUGUAUAUAUAAGAACUAAAAUAUGUAAAAUAAUAAAUUCAACAUUUUAGAACACUUAACAAUUUUGCAGACUUUCUAACUAGGAAGAGAGCUUACUACAUGAAGAUGACUUGUUUUCUAUUUCAGAUUUUACUAAAAGUCCUGUCUCUUAAAAAAAAAAAAAGAAAAAGAAAAAAAAAACACAAAGAAGCCUCAAAUUCCCUGCUCGUCAUUCUGUAUUCAUAACUUUAAUCACUUUUUCAAGUCAUCUAUUUUGUUGCAUAAGCUGAUUGUUAACUAUUCAUGAAAUAGAAAACAAAUGCCUGUUUAAUAAAGAACUCUGACCAAGGCUGUAAAUGCCAGCUACAUUAUUUUCAGUACUGUUGGUUAUAUUUAAAUUUUCCUUAUAAUAAAGCACACUUUUAUAGUAAA